AUGGAUUAUCCGGAUAAGUGGCCGGGUUUCAUGGACCAUCUUUCGACGAACUUUCGACGAAGAUCUCGAAUCCUGCUAAUGCAUCAUAGCACUGUCGCCAAGAGUUUUACGAGUUCAAACGAAGCAAGGAGAAGGAAGCAAUCGCUGGACCUAUUUCUAAAAAUUGAGCCUCUGUAUUCUAAGCCAUUGGUAAUCAGAUGCUCAAUAAUCAGUCUGGCUGAAGCUUUCUCUAUUCAUUUCGGAAUGUUGCCUAUUGAAAGGCUUGAUGAUUGGAUUCAAUUUUCAAUAAGCAAUCUCUCUCUAGACUGUCCAGCUGAGCUCGACACUAUCGAAGAUAGGGAGGAGCGUGCCCAUACGGUAUGGUGGAAAUGCAAGAAAUGGGCAAUAAAGCUGUUGGAUCGCAUUUUUGACAGGUAUUCCAAGAAUCACAGAGUUUUCAUCAGAUCUUGGAAACUUUUCUUAAGCAUCAAUAUUUUGUGCGGGUUUUGCAGUCUGUACAUGGAAGUUGAUACCUUUUCCAACUUGGAAAUAACUGGCUCAUUCGGGCCGGAAGGGAGGGUUUGA